CCUCUAUUUACUUUCAUUUUGUGAUUCUUUCUUGAGCGAUUUCUUUUCGGAUCGUUUGUUCUUAACAAAAAUAUAAUUGCUCAAGUUUUUAAGUAAUAAUUAUUGCGUUACUUUGAUAUUUCAUCGCCAUGAGUAAACGUAUACGGUCAGUAAAUUGUUGUAAUCCAUUCAAUGAGUCACAUAAAAAAGGAGUUAAAGAUUUAAGAAAAUUUCCCGACGAAGAUCGUUGGAAAUUUCCUGACUUAGAUGACACUUCAAUGUUAUGUGUGCGUUGUCGAUUCCGUGUCAAAGAAUAUAUUCCGCCAGCAUCAGAGGAAGAGGAAAUUAUUUCAAGUCAAAUUAGUGUUGAAAGUCUGAGUAUAUCAGCUGAAAUUUGUACUCAAGGAAGCAGUUUAUCUCGAACUGUCAGUAAUUUUAGCGACAAUCUAUGUGAUUACAAUGAUCAUUCUUUAGAGCGAUUUUUGAAAAUUCCUCUUAUUGAAAAAGACAGGUUAUAUUCUGAAAAAAAUUAUGGAGUAAAAAAACUUGAUGAGAGCUAUGCUGCCCUAGAGAAUAAGUUCCAAUCACAAUUUGGAAUAGUACCUGAAUCUACCUACAGAAAGAUUAAUCAAGAUCAUUGUUCCAUGAUAGCUAAAGUGAAGAAAUUAUAUAACGCUGAAAGUGACAAAUCAAUAAAAAAGAAGCUGCUUUCAAUUUUACCCGACAGUUGGGAAGUCAGUCGUAUAGCAUCUGAAUUUAACUGUUCUCGAGAAAUGGUACUGAAUCUUAAAAAUGAUAUCAUUGAAUCUGAGAAUGUUGAUUUAGACUCUGGUGAAAUGACUACUAAUACUUUGAAUCCCACAAAAGUUCCAGGCAAUCAGCCGCUUAAGUUAGAUGUAAAAAAACUUGUCAUUGAUUUUUGUGAAAGCGAAGAAAACUCGAAACAAUUAGCGGGCAUGAAAGAUUUUAAAUCUGUGAAGGAUUGUGAUGGAAAUCGAACUAGGGUACAAAAAAAGUUGAUUCUUUGUAAUUUAAAAUAAUUGUACCAAAGCUUCAAAG